AUGCCAACUCAAUCGGGGCUACAAGACCGUAUCACUGCGAAUGAUCUAGGCAAAGGGAAGUUCUUAUUUAACUUCACCACGGAAGAAGACCUUAUGUCUGUACUUCAAAAAGGGCCUUUACAUUACAACUACUGCAUGUUUGUAUUGGUUAGAUGGGAACCUGUAGUUCAUGAUGACUAUCCUUGGAUCAUCCCAUUCUGGGUACAACUCUAUGGCUUACCUUUACACCUAUGGACGAUUACAAAUAUUAGGAACAUUGGUAGCCGCAUUUGCCAUGUUGAUGUUGAUUCCAUUGAACUCACAGAGGGCCGCAUGAGAAUUGAGGUCGACUCAAGACGCCCUUUGAAGUUUAAAAGGAAGGUGGAGUCUCCUGAUGCAGAGGAGGUAACUAUAGAGAUAAAGUAUGACAUGCUGUUUAAGCAUUGCACCACCUGUGGCCUUAUGUCUCAUGAGAAAGGAUACUGCCCUACAAUGGAUACUACAGCUCGGUUAUCAUCGGAGAGAGGUGGAGUCUUUACUCGGGUACAGAUGCCACAAGACCGCAAUGAUCGUCAGCCUUCGCUGAGGGAUUAUAGGCAGCUUCCGGUGCGUUCGAGAAGUUGA